AUGAAGGUGGAAGAGGAGAAGGCUGGGGUCGGAAAGCUGGAUCCUACAGUCUACAGGAGGAGACAGCCAGGUCAAGAUUUUCCUUCAAUACAUAUUGGAUUUCCAGUCCCCAGUUACACACAAAGGAAAAGUGACUCAAAGGGACAUCUUCCAGGCUUACAAAAAGUCCAGUGGGCUUUGCAGCCGGACAAACCACAGCAGGAACUGGCUGGCCCAGGGGUCAGGGCCAGUGGCCAGGGAGGCGGCGUGGAUCUUACCAAAAGGACUCGGUCUCCGGCUGCUGAGCAGCUGCAGGACAUCCUGGGGGAGGAAGAUGAGGCUCCCAACCCCACCCUCUUCACAGAGAUGGACACUCUACAGCAUGAUGGGGACCAGAUGGAAUGGAAGGAGUCAGCCAGGUGGAUAAAAUUCGAAGAAAAGGUGGAGGAAGGAGGAGAACGCUGGAGCAAGCCCCACGUGUCCACACUGUCCCUGCACAGCCUCUUCGAGCUCCGCACCUGCCUGCAGACGGGGACAGUGCUGCUGGACCUGGACAGCGGCUCCCUGCCACAGAUCAUAGAUGAUGUCAUUAAGAAGCAGAUAGAGGACGGGCUUUUGCGACCAGAGCUCCGGGAAAGGGUCAGCUACGUGCUCCUGAGGAAGCAUCGUCACCAAACCAAGAAGCCCAUCCACCGCUCCCUUGCAGACAUUGGGAAGUCGGUGUCCACUACAAAUCGCAGCUCUGCCAGGAGCCCCUCGGCAGGCCCAGCUCUGCACCGUUCCACUGAGGACCUGAGGAUUCGGCACAACACCAGCUACGGACAUCUGUGUCACGCCCAGAGUAGAAGCAUGAACGACAUCUUUCACACCCCAAACACAGACCAGCGGAGAAACAAAUUCAUGAAGAAGAUCCCCAAGGACUCAGAAGCCUCCAAUGUGCUCGUGGGCGAGGUGGACUUCCUGGACCAACCAUUCAUUGCGUUUGUUCGUCUUGUCCAGUCUGCCAUGCUGGGAGGGGUGACAGAAGUGCCUGUCCCCACCAGGUUUCUGUUCAUUCUUCUAGGACCUUCUGGGAGAGCAAAGUCCUAUAAUGAGAUUGGCCGAGCCAUUGCAACCCUCAUGGUGGAUGAUCUCUUCAGCGACGUGGCGUAUAAAGCCCGGAACCGAGAAGACCUCAUUGCAGGAAUUGAUGAAUUUCUAGAUGAGGUCAUUGUCCUUCCCCCUGGAGAAUGGGAUCCAAACAUCAGAAUUGAGCCACCCAAGAAAGUUCCCUCGGCUGACAAGAGGAAAUCUGUGUUCUCUUUGGCAGAGCUGGGCCAGAUGAACGGCUCUGCGGGCGGAGGCGGUGCCUCGGCUGGCGGAGGUGGCGGUGGCGGAGGGGCAGGAGGCAGCGGGGCCGGCGGAGUGGGCAGUGGAGACGAGGCUGAGAUGCCAGCUGUGCAUGAAAUCGGAGAGGAGCUGAUCUGGACCGGAAGGUUCUUUGGGGGACUACGCCUGGACGUCAAGCGGAAGCUGCCCUGGUUCCCAAGUGACUUCUAUGACGGCUUCCACAUCCAGUCCAUCUCCGCAGUUCUGUUCAUCUACCUGGGCUGUAUCACCAAUGCCAUCACCUUUGGUGGACUUCUGGGGGAUGCCACGGACAAUUAUCAGGGAGUAAUGGAGAGCUUCCUUGGCACCGCCAUGGCUGGUGCCUUGUUCUGCCUCUUCUCGGGGCAGCCCCUCAUCAUCCUCAGCAGCACGGGGCCCAUUCUCAUCUUCGAGAAGCUCCUCUUUGACUUCAGCAAGGCCAAUGGCCUGGACUACAUGGAGUUCCGCCUCUGGAUUGGCCUGCACUCAGCCAUCCAGUGCCUUAUCCUGGUGGCCACAGAUGCCAGCUUUAUCAUCAAGUAUAUCACCCGCUUCACCGAAGAGGGCUUCUCAACCCUCAUCAGCUUCAUCUUCAUCUACGACGCCAUCAAAAAGAUGAUUGGUGCCUUCAGCUACUAUCCCAUUAACACGGACUUCAAGCCUGACUCCAUCACCACCUACAGAUGCGAGUGUGUGGCUCCUGACACAGUGAACACAACCACGGUCAAUGUCUCAGCCCUGCUGGCACCAAACACCAACACGUCUCUGUACACCCCCCUUAACCUCACAGCGCUGGAUUGGUCCUUGCUGAGCAAGAAAGAGUGUCUGAGCUACGGUGGGCGCCUGCUCGGGAACUCCUGCCGGUUCAUCCCAGACCUGGCCCUCAUGUCCUUCAUCCUUUUCUUUGGGACUUACUCCAUGACCUUGACCCUGAAGAAAUUCAAAUUCAGCCGCUACUUUCCUACCAAGGUCCGGACCCUGGUGGCUGACUUCUCCAUUGUUUUCUCCAUCUUGCUAUUUUGUGGCAUCGACGCCUGUUUUGGCCUGCAAACCCCCAAGCUGCAUGUGCCUAACGUCAUCAAGCCCACACGGCCUGACCGAGGCUGGUUUGUUGCCCCUUUUGGGAAGAACCCUUGGUGGGUGUACCCUGCGAGCAUCCUGCCCGCCCUGCUGGUGACCAUCCUGAUCUUCAUGGACCAGCAGAUCACGGCUGUCAUUGUCAACCGGAAGGAGAACAAGCUGAAGAAGGCCGCGGGCUACCAUCUGGACCUGUUCUGGGUGGGCAUCCUCAUGGCCCUGUGCUCCUUCACGGGGCUUCCCUGGUAUGUGGCUGCCACGGUCAUCUCCAUUGCCCACAUCGACAGCCUCAAGAUGGAGACUGAGACCAGUGCCCCGGGGGAGCAGCCUCAGUUCCUGGGAGUCAGGGAGCAGAGAGUGACUGGCAUCAUGGUCUUCAUCCUGACAGGCAUCUCCGUCUUCCUGGCUCCAAUUCUAAAGUACAUCCCUAUGCCCGUGCUCUAUGGAGUCUUCCUCUACAUGGGUGUAGCCUCGCUGAACGGCAUCCAGUUCUGGGAACGCUGCAAGCUUUUCCUCAUGCCAGCCAAGCACCAGCCGGACCACGCCUUCCUGCGCCAUGUGCCCCUUCGCCGGAUCCACCUGUUCACCCUGGUGCAGAUCCUCUGCCUGGCACUGCUCUGGAUCCUCAAAUCAACCAUGGCUGCCAUCAUCUUCCCGGUCAUGAUCCUGGGCCUUAUCAUUGUUCGAAGGCUCCUGGACUUGAUUUUCUCCCAGCAUGACCUGGCCUGGAUUGACAACAUCCUCCCAGAGAAGGAGAAACAGGAGACAGACAAGAAGAAGAAGAGAAGGAAAGGGGUCCUUGAAAACAGUGAUGAGGAGCCCCAGUUCCUUCCUCCCUCACUUAUAAAGAUCCCCAUGGAAAGUGUCCCAUCCGACCCCCAAAACGGUAUCCACUGCAUUGCCAGAAAAAGAUCUUCCAGUUGGAGUUACUCAUUCUGACUCUUCCUUCAGUGGCUCGGAACUGGAUCGAAGCAUCACCUUGCACUUCAAAAUCGCUUGUCCGGCUUCACCUGCCUUCAGUUACUCACGGAGUCCAGUCUUCACGGUGCCACAGGUGAAGAUA